AUGUCGUACCCUGCCAGGAAACGUUGUCCCUAUAAAUUUAGCGCUAGAAAUGCCUUUGAUAAAAAAGUGCUAUUAGACAAGAGCUUUACUGGUGGUAUUCUUACCGAGGAUAUUGCAUUGGAAUCAAUUUUUGAACGACCUGCCCCUGCUGGUAUUGCCACCAAGAUCGACUUGAGUACUACUAUUCUAUGGAGACUGGAUCCUGGAGUACGCGAUGCUAUUGUUGCUUGUGUUGGUGCUGGUGCUGGUGCUGGCCAAAAUAGGCAAAGUCAUAUAAUACGUAAAACUUCCACAGGUGAAUAUUACCAGCUUUCCGGAUUCAAGUCUGCUACCAUAAAAAGAGCCAGAAAUGAUCGAGUUAAUGUUGAUGAACGCCGUCUGAUUUCUAACACUCUGUCAACAAGGACAUGUAAUUGGGACCAAUUCAAUGAAGCUUUGCGAUAUACCUUUUGGAGCUUUGAGGCAACCAAAGGCUGUUACUCAACCAGCCUGAGAAACCUCAGAUACCAUAGUUAUAGGAACAAGCAAAAGACACUAGAUGAAAUGUGCAAGCGACUAUUUACAGGGAGCAUAAAUCUUUACCUCCUGGGGUCAAUACUGGCGAGGUCAAAAGACCUACUUUGGGUGGCAUUUGGUGCUGCUCGUUUUGGUGGACUCGGUGGGAACACAGCUCCGCCAACAAAGUCAUUCAGAGCGGCUUUGUUAAAUUACAUCAAACCGACUGGGCGUACCCAAGCCCAUAUAUCCAAGUAUGUCGUUAUGAUCGAGGAGUAUCUUACGAGCCAAAUAUGCCCCAGAUGUCCUACAGAAAGUAUAUCUAACCAACUUGACGACUUGGAUGUGAAUAUCCACUCAGUUCCCAACUGCGAAUCUUGUAAUACUCGAUGUAAUAGAGAUCAUAUAGCUAUUCUCAAUAUGAGAUAUGUCUUAUUAUAUAUGUGUCUUGCGGGAUUUCUAUCGACAUACAUAACCGUUCAAGAUACCCAGUAUACUCAUAGAAUUUCUACAGUUAAUAUAUUUUGA